GAACAUUCCAGCUCAUUCCCCGCUCCCGUGGAGUCUGCAUACGAAGCAAAGAAUUUAAAGGUCUCUCCCCCCUGUGUCCAGCAAGUCUGUUCUGUUGCUCUCUUCGUUUGGCACUUCUAUUGGAAGAGUCUAUCUGUCCUAUAAAAACAACAUUAUAUUUCUUUCUCUCUGCAACUGAUUUUUCUCCAAGUUCAGAUAUGAGCCGACACCCAACUUUGAAGUGGGCUCAGCGGUCAGAUAAGAUCUACUUGACGGUUGAUUUACCUGAUGCCAAGGAUGUGAAACUGAAGCUCGAGCCUGAAGGGAAAUUCAUUUUCUCUGCCACCAAAGACAAUCUCCCUUACGAAGUUGACAUUGAUCUGCAUGACAAAGUCAACGUUGAGGAGAGCAAGGUUAGUAUUGGUGUGAGGAGCAUUGUCUAUGUCAUAGAGAAAGCUGAGAAGAAAUGGUGGGGCAGGCUACUUAAGCAAGAGGGGAAACCACCUGUAUUUCUCAAGGUGGAUUGGGAUAAAUGGGUUGAUGAGGAGGAUGAGAAUGAGAAAGCUGGCAUGGACUUCGAUGACAUGGAUUUCUCAAAGUUAGACAUGGGUGGGGAUGAUUAUGAUAUGGAUGAACCCAAAGACGAGGAAGAAGAGAUCGAAGCAAAAGAAGAGGAAGAAGAAAGUAAAAAGGAAGGAGAACCUGUUGCAACAGAUGCUGAGGCGGCUAAAGCUUGACUGCAUUGGUAGAACUAAAAGAUGACUAGAAAUCAAAAUUUAAUUUUGGGUGUCCAACCAUGACGAAGAGUCUUCAUCUUAAAGGUGUGCAAAGUUGUUGGUAGUGUGUUCUGGAUCAAGCAGUAGGCAUUGAACAUUUCCAGUUAAAAUGACUGGCUGUGUUUUAUCUAAUUUUUAUAUUCUAUAAUUGGGUGGCAAAUGCCAAUUCAGCAUGAUCCCAUAUGGAACUGUUAUUGCUAGAAUCGAUUUCCUCCCUAAGGAUUGUCAAUUCAGCAAUUUAUAUAUUGUGUUGCUUGUGAGUUUGCCUUGGCUUGUCUAGCAGACAUACUGAGCUGAGGUGGGUGGGCUUAAACAGUGUUUAUGUGUGUCGGUUAAGUUUAUUGGGGUUUUCUAGUUGGAUCCGAAUCUGGCUGGAUAACCAAGGAAUUUUUCACAUGGGAACUUGGUUUUGGGCCCAGGUUCCUGAAGGGUCAGUUUGUUUACAGUAUGGGUUUCAUUUGCACUGGUGUAAAUGUAUGGGAUUACAAAUUGGGCUGAGUAAAAUUUCUGGUUUACUUUUGCUUCA